GCGCGCACCCGUGCGGGGAGGACGGCGGGUGGUGGUACUGUGUCAGCGCAGGCAGCGGUGGCAAGGUCGCAGGCUGCAGCUCUGCUCCCCGGCAGCGCGGCCCGUUCCAACACUCGCGUCCCGCGCGGCAGCGCCGACGCACAGCGCCCCGCCGGCCGCCGGGCAGCGGGAGGCGGCGGCUCCCAUGCGGCACACGUGGGGCUGGACGCUCGGCAGGCCCGGGUGAGCCUGCGGCAUGGGGCAGGCAGGCUGGAAGAGCCUCCUUCUGUCGCUGUUCGACUACAAGACCGAAAAGUAUGUGGUCGCCAAGAACAAGAAGGUGGGGCUACUCUACAGACUGCUGCAGCUCUCCAUCCUGCUCUACCUGGUGGUAUGGGUGUUCCUGGUGAAGAAGAGUUACCAAGAUACUGACACCUCAUUGCAAAGUGCUGUUGUCACCAAAGUCAAAGGCGUGGCCUAUACCAACACCUCUGCGCUUGGGGAGCGGCUCUGGGAUGUUGCUGACUAUGUCAUCCCAUCCCAGGGGGAGAAUGUCUUCUUCGUGGUCACCAACCUGAUCGUGACUGCCAAUCAACGGCAGGGCAUCUGUGCUGAGCGUGAAGGCAUUCCUGAUGGCAAGUGUUCUCAGGACAACGACUGCCAUGCUGGGGAGCCUGUUAUAGCUGGGCAUGGAGUGAAGACUGGCCGCUGUCUGCGAGUGGAGAACUCAACCAGGGGCACCUGUGAGAUCUUUGCCUGGUGCCCAGUGGAGACACAGUCCAGGCCAACGGAGCCACUCCUGAGGGAGGCUGAAGACUUCACCAUUUUCAUAAAGAACUUCAUUCGCUUCCCUAAGUUCAACUUCUCCAAGGACAAUGUAUUGGAAGUGAGCAACAGAGAUUUCCUGAAAUCUUGUCGCUUUGGCCCCAAGAAUCGCUACUGCCCCAUCUUCCAUUUGGGGUCCGUGGUCCGCUGGGCAGGGAGCAGCUUCCAGGACAUAGCCCUGGAGGGUGGUGUGAUAGGAAUUCAUAUUGAAUGGGACUGUGACCUUGAUAAAGCUGCCUCUGCAUGCAACCCACACUAUUAUUUUAACCGUCUGGACAAUAAGCAUACAAAGUCUGUCUCCUCUGGAUACAACUUCAGGUUUGCCAGAUAUUACAGAGAUGCAGCAGGAGUCGAGUUCCGCAACCUGAUGAAAGCCUAUGGGAUCCGCUUCGAUGUGAUAGUUAAUGGCAAGGCGGGAAAGUUCAGCAUCAUCCCCACAAUCAUCAACGUGGGCUCUGGCCUGGCACUGAUGGGCGCUGGGGCUUUCUUCUGUGACCUGGUUCUCAUCUACAUCCUCAAAAAGAGGGAGUUUUACCGUGAUAAGAAGUACGAGGAAGUGAGGGGCCGAGAGGACAGGGCCAAGGUAAUAGAGCCUGGGCUGCUGGAGGACGAGCCGCCAGGGGGAAGGCGGGAGGAGCAGCCCCCUGCACCACCCAGGAGCAGCAACUGGCAGCAGAAUGGUCCCAUGGGCCUGCAGCAACUUGGGUCAGCCAGGUCUGGCCUCCAGGAAAAUGCCAAGGUGAAUGCAGAGCAGCUGCAGACCCUGCAGACAGUGAAGAUGUAGUCAGAAUUGACUGAGAGCAGAUUUGAAAACAGUGGAGCCAGAAUGGUCCAAACUCUGAACUGGGAAGAGGUGUCCUUGAGCCUUUACUGGACAGGGGCUUCUUGGGAAAGCCAUCUCUCCUGCACUUUGGGAUCCUGCUACAAGCUUUUUAUCGUGUGGAGAGAGCCUCCUGGCAGCCAGAGAAGCUCAGAUCCCGAAGAGGAGACCCUGGGGCAGGCGCCCAGGGAAGGGACAGGCCAGAGGCCUGAGAACCUGACUGGACAUGCAUUCAUUCAUAUCUGCAGUAAACAUGUACUGAAGUGUGCUAUGUGCUGGGCCAUAUCUAAGAGAUGCUUAAAUGAGACACUGAGCUGGUCUUUAGGGAUUGGACACACAUGUAACUUCAUUUAGAGCCAUUAUAGCCAGCUCUGGCCUUCUUCCAGCCUCUAGCUAAGACUUUUACAAGUCUCUGUAGAGACUGAUGCUUGCUUAGAAAAAGCCUCCAAGGGGACAUUUGGCCCUACCCCAGGUAUACAAUUUAAAGGUGGUCAAGGAGGCAUCUGGGAAGGGACUGAAUCAGUCAGGAAGUAGAGAGACCAACUGCAAGGCUUCCAGAUAAGAUGAGGAAGGGGAGACAGGGAGGCCCUCAGACUCAGGAAACUCUGGGAAUAUGCAUUUGUCCGUACGGUUUAGCUUUGCUUUUUAUGGGGCUCACCCUCCUUUCUCCUUAAAGACUUGUCUGAAGUGCUAGUGAGAUAAAGGAUGACUCUUUCUGGGCAUGUUUAAAGUUAUAGGGAGGUCCUCGCUCCCCAACCUCUGCCUCACCUUCCCUACACCAAUCCCAUUCACUCUACUCCACAGACCUCUCGGGCUGAAGAGCCCAGCUACUCAAAAUGGGGUCCAUGGGUCAGCUGCGUUUCCAGGAAGCUGGUUAGAACCCAAGUCUCAGGCCUACCAAAACAGAACCUGUGUCUCCACAAGAUCCUGAAGUUAUUUUCAAGCACAUUAUUGUUUCAGGAGUCCUGGUUCUGAGCAGGGAAGGUCUCGGUUAGACUUACACUCGUGCUGCCUUGAGGGUACCUCUCC